AGGUAUUGUGGUGUGCUAGAACCGACAUAAAUCUGUGGAUCCCGCGAAAAGAAUAAGCCCAGACGCUUAUGCGUAUAAUGCAUCCAUAAAUCAGCGAGUGUUUUCACUCACUCAAAAUAGGCUUCUAACGCCCUAAGGUUUGUCACUUUUAAGCGGAAAGGUUGUCUGCACGAAAAUGAUUGCACGAGGAUGUGUUGGUCUCGCGGUGCUGGUGAAUUUGGUCUUCUCGGUGCCUGUGUCCCCAGGUUACAAGGAUGACAAAGACGUGAAGGUGAUGAAGUGUAUUGUUGAAGUCAUUGCGGAUGCUCUGUCCAAGCCUCACCCCAUCCCAGUGUCCCAGGACUGCUUUGAAACCCUAAGCACUGAUGACAGGCUCGUGACUAUCCUUCGCCAUCACAACUUUCUCAGAGAGCUGCAAGAGAUAGCAGAGGAAGGAGCCAAUGAGAGAGCACUGAAGCACCCAGGUGACAUACCUGAUCAUGUGAACAGCCUCCCUAAAGACAUGAAAACUGCAGAUAAGUCAAUGCUUGUUGCUAUGGAGAAACCAGAAGAGUCUGCAGAGAAGAGAGGAGCCAAAGAGGAGAGCUCAAUAGGAAGUGAGAUGAUGGAGCAGGAGUUUAAAAAAAGGAACAAGAUUGCUGCUGAGGAGGAGGAGCAUGAAGAAGAUGACAAUGCUAGCAAUCACAUCCCCAACUCCAUUAACCCGGAGCAGAAAAGAGAGUCACAGGAGGAGGCCACAAUAGGGGACGAGGAGAAACAGGAGCAGGAGAAAAAACACUCCAGCUCUGAAAAGGAGGAAAUUGAUCAGACUCAUAACCAUAAAGAAGGGGCAACAGUUGUAGAUGCUCUUGAAGUGAAUCCCGAGGUAAAGCAAUCCAUCAUGGAUGAGAGAGCUGAAAAGGAGGGGACAACUUCAGAGGAGGAGGAGAGAGAGUUUGGAGUGAAGCGUUGGAGUCACAUGAGCAAGCUGGCCCACCAAAAGGUGGAGACAAGCCCAACAUUGGACAACAACUGGGAAGUGCCACACCACUCUAAGGAACAAGUAGCGAAAGAGGGGGAGUUUUGGAGGAGCCCAGAGGAGCAGGAGCUGCAGCUGAUGGCACAGACUGAACCAGAGGACAAAAGGGAUGAGGAGGGCAGUGCCAGCAGGAAGACCGAGGAUGUUGAGAUUGAGAGUCUGGCUGCCAUCGAGUCUGAACUAGAGAAAGUGGCUCAGAAACUUCAUGAACUGAGACGAGGCUGAGCUGCUCCAACCCACCACCUCUGUCUGAUCUGCCCUUCAUGUUACCUUCAGUAGAAAGGAAUGUUAACUUGAAAUGAGGCUCUCACCUCCUUGCUCAUUCCACUGCAGUGCAAGUUCUCAUGUCAGCACCACAGUUUCCCUGCUCAUUCUCUACACUUGUAAUUAGGAAUCCACACAGUGACUCCUUUGUUGUCAAACAUUAAUAUCCUGUGUCAGGUACUCUCCGAGCUCCUCAACUUUGCUUUAUCGUGCUUGUCUCCUGAGGAAAUUUGAGCAUUGAGUAUACACUGUAUUAUGUAAAAUGAAUCAUUAUUUAAUAAAAACAACCCAGGAUAUCAUGUUAGGAUGGAAUGUUUAAUAUAAGGGUACAUUGUCUGAAAGAUUUUACCUGAUAUUACGGAGUCUUGUGAUCCAUUGGCAAUAAUGUUUCUAUUAGAUAUUGUGACGACUGUAAUUAAAUGCUUUUUUGGGAAUCAUUUAAGACAAUAAAUAAACAUAAAAGAGAAGAGUGUCUAAGUAAUUGAUUU